UUCUCUUGGCUAGUUUCAUCUCAAUUUUAACUUUUCAGCUGGUUUCUACAAACAACUAAAACUAGGCUGUACAUUUUUCUUCUUCUUUUUAUAUCACAUGUUUAAAAACCCUUGUUCUAUUCCAUAUUCUACCCCAAGUUUUCCAAAUUUCUUUCUUUGAUCGAUUCAUUUUUUCUUCUAGGAGGAUCGAUUUUGAUCUUCAGAGUCGGGAAGGAUCCAUACAUUGAAGUAGUUGGGAAAACCAUCUACUUCAUUGUUGGGAUCAAAGCUUACACUUAUCUUAUAUACAAAGUUUUGCAAGGAUUUGAACAAGUAGUAUAUGACAUGAGUUGCUUUUCGUGCUUUUCAUCUCAUGAAAAGAAAGCAUCUGCCAAAAGAUCAAAUAGUGGGAAGAGAGAACAACUUUUGACUCCUUCCGAAAGGGAACCGACUAAUAAUGUAGCACCUGCUGAAGUGCCUAAACAAGCACCGGCUGCUGAGCAAACCACAAACAAUAAGAAUGCCAAUGCAAAUGCCAAUAAAGAUGGCGGUCAUAAUAUUGCUGCACAAACUUUCACCUUCCGGGAACUGGCAACAGCAACAAAGAACUUCCGACAAGAAUGUCUGAUAGGCGAGGGCGGAUUUGGAAGAGUUUAUAAGGGGAAGCUUGAAACAACAGAACAGAUUGUAGCUGUGAAGCAACUUGAUAGGAAUGGCUUGCAAGGCAAUAGAGAGUUCCUUGUUGAGGUGUUGAUGUUGAGCCUCUUACACCAUGACAAUUUAGUGAAUCUUAUCGGAUAUUGCGCUGAUGGUGAUCAGAGACUUCUGGUGUAUGAAUACAUGCCUUUGGGAUCUUUAGAAGACCAUUUAUUAGACCUCCCAUCAGAGCAAAAGCCAUUAGAUUGGUUCAAGAGAAUGAAGAUAGCUCUAGGAGCUGCCAAGGGUCUAGAAUACUUGCACGAUAAGGCGAAUCCUCCUGUUAUUUACCGCGAUUUAAAAUCUUCAAACAUCUUAUUAGAUGGCGAUUUCAAUGCAAAACUCUCUGAUUUCGGGCUAGCUAAGCUUGGACCGGUUGGAGACAAGACACAUGUAUCUUCAAGAAUAAUGGGCACGUACGGGUAUUGUGCCCCAGAGUACCAAAGAACAGGCCAACUGACUGUUAAGUCGGAUGUCUACAGUUUUGGAGUUGUGUUGUUAGAACUGAUCACCGGAAGAAGAGCAAUUGACACCACAAGGCCAACAAGGGAGCAAAAUCUAGUGACUUGGGCAGAGCCAGUGUUUAAGGAUCCUCAUAAGUUUCCGGAACUAGCUGAUCCACUUCUUCAAGGAGACUAUCCGGUAAGAGCAUUGAAUCAAGCAGUUGCAGUUGCAGCAAUGUGUCUUCAUGACGAAGCACCGGCUCGUCCCUUAAUGAGUGAUGUGGUCAGUGCUCUCAGUUUCCUUGGGACUGAUGAUGACGAAAGUGUUCCCGGCUCGCCUCUACAAUCUGAUGAUGAAGAAAUGUCCAACGUAGAAGAUGAGAAUCCAAAGGAUAAAGAAACUGUAAGGGAACGCGAACGAGCUGUGGCAGAAGCCAUAGAAUGGGGCUCAACGUCAAGGAGCAAUGCAGCCACGUCAAAGUUGGAAAGUACUGCUUCAUUGUAAAAUUGGAAAGUACUGCUCCAUACUAAAUUUUAUGUCCCUAUGAUUCUGUUCCUUGUGUACGAGCUGGCCAUGUCAAAUUGUGUCCAUACUAAAUUUUAUGUCCUUCAGAGUGUAUUGAUCAGUGAUUGCAUUCUUGCAAGAUGAAUCGAUGAAGCUAAUAAUUAUGGACCAAGAAAA